AUUAGAGAUCAGUCUCAUUCAUUCUUCUUCGAUUUGUUUUCUUUGUUUACGUACUAAUGAGGAACGAAGAACAAUCAAUAAGUUCAGUACCGGAGGAAGAAGCAGCUGCCCGCCCUCCCACCGCAGUUCCAAUUGAUUUCACGGCGACAAAUCAUCUGAAUCCUUCCUGGUUCACUCCCAAAAAGUUACUGGUAAUCUUUUGCGUGAUUAACUUGUUAAAUUAUGUGGAUCGAGGGGCAAUAGGAAGUAAUGGUGUAAAUGGCAAUAAGAGAAUUUGCACAAAAAGUACUGGUAUAUGCACACCUGGAACUGGAAUUCAGGGUGAUUUUAAGUUGAACAACUUUGAAGAUGGUAUUUUAUCUUCUGCCUUCAUGGUUGGACUUUUGGUGGCAUCUCCAGUUUUUGCAUCCUUCGCAAAAAGUGUUAAUCCAUUCAGGCUAAUUGGAGUGGGGCUAUCUGUUUGGACAGUAGCCAUAGCUGGUUGUGGUUUUUCAUUUGAUUUUUGGUCCAUCAUGAUCUGCCGAAUGCUAGUUGGUGUUGGUGAAGCUUCUUUUAUUAGUCUUGCUGCUCCAUUCAUUGAUGAUAAUGCUCCUGCUGACAAGAAAACAGCUUGGCUUGGAGUGUUUUAUAUGUGCAUACCAGCUGGAGUUGCAGUAGGCUAUGUAUAUGGAGGACUGAUUGGAGAACAUCUUGGUUGGCGUUAUGCAUUCUUUGGGGAGGCUAUUGUAAUGCUUCCAUUUGCUGUACUGGGUUUUAUUAUGAAGCCUUUGCAGUUGAAAGGUUUUGCCUAUGAUAGACCAAUGGUGCCAUUAAGAGACAUGUUGAAAGAAGUCACUAGAGAUGAUGAGGCUGUUAAAGUUGGUGACACACCCAUGUGGGAGAAGUUCAAAUGCAGUUGCAUCAGUUCUUCUCAAUUAUCUGUGUUUCUGAUAGACAUGAAAGCGCUUUUGGUGGAAAAGGUUUUUGUUGUAAAUGUUCUAGGUUACAUAGCAUAUAAUUUUGUGAUAGGCGCAUAUUCAUAUUGGGGACCGAAAGCUGGAUAUAAUAUAUAUCACAUGACCAAUGCAGAUUUGGUCUUUGGAGGGGUUACUGUUGUUACUGGAAUACUGGGAUCAGUGGCCGGGGGGUAUAUUUUAGAUCACAUGACAUCAACAAUUUCCAAUGCUUUUAAGCUCCUUUCUACAGCAACAUUCUUAGGGGCAGUAUUGUGUUUCUCUGCAUUCUGUUUUAAGAGCUUGUAUGUUUUUCUAGUUCUUUUUGCUAUUGGAGAACUGCUAGUAUUUGCCACUCAGGGUCCUGUGAAUUACAUAUGUCUACAUUGUGUAAACCCGAGCUUAAGACCGAUGUCAAUGGCCAUGUCUACAGUCGCCAUUCACAUAUUCGGGGAUGUGCCUUCCUCUCCACUAUUUGGUGUUCUUCAGGAUCAUCUUAACAACUGGAGGAAGACUGCUCUAAUAUUAACCUCAAUUUUGUUUCUAGCAGCUGCCAUAUGGUUCAUAGGUAUAUUCCUUCACAGCGUGGAUAGGUUCGAUGAGGUGAAUGAAGUCGACACUGAGACAACAACAGCAACUGAAAGAUCAAACACAAGACAGUUGCUUGAUGAAUAGGAAAUAAUGGAAUCUUCCCAUUUGAUGAAUUAAUGAAUGUCAUAAAAAAAAAUCAUUUAUAAUGAAACAUUCAAAAAAAAAAUUCCAAAAACUUGCCUCUAGGUAUAUGAUAUCAUCAUACCAAUUAUACUUCAUUUUUAUUCUUCCAAAUGUCAAUACAUAGAUCCAAAUUUCAGUUGUAUUUAAUGCUUAUUUUU